AGUUGCCGGUGAGCUUGGGAGAACCGUGGGCGCUGAGGCGAUAAGAGAACAACUACAGCAGCUGUCUCAGCACAUGCAGAGAGAGAGGAACCAUGGCACAUGGGCAGAUACAGGUCUUGAGACGUGUAGAAACAUCUGUAGGUGGCUCCCUCCCACCCCAACGAUUUCAGAGAGAAACGAGUUGGAAUCUGAGAAGUGAGGCUCCAGAUAAACUGUAAACUGCUGGAAGGGGGCGAUGGCUGUGGCCCUGGGUUGUGCAAUCCAGGCAUCCUUGAAUCAAGGCUCUGUGUUUCAAGAGUAUGAUACUGACUGUGAAGUUUUCCGUCAGCGCUUCAGGCAGUUCCAGUACAGAGAAGCAGCUGGGCCUCAUGAAGCAUUUAACAAGCUCUGGGAGCUUUGCUGUCAAUGGCUGAAGCCAAAGAUGCGCUCUAAGGAACAAAUCCUGGAGCUGCUAGUGUUGGAGCAAUUCCUAACUAUCCUGCCCACAGAGAUAGAGACCUGGGUGAGGGAGCACUGCCCAGAGAAUAGAGAAAGAGUUGUGUCACUGAUAGAAGACUUGCAGAGAGAACUUGAGAUACCAGAGCAGCAGGUUGAUAUGCAUGACAUGCUCUUGGAAGAACUGGCACCAGUGGGAACAGCACACAUACCACCAACCAUGCACCUAGAGGCACCUGCACUCCAGGUAAUGGGACCUGCCCAGGAGGCCCCAGUAGCAGAGGCGUGGAUCCCACAGGCAGGGCCACAGGAGCUGAACUAUGGUGCUACUGGAGAAUGUCAGCCCUUUCUGGACCCUGGAUAUCCAUUACCGAAACUUGACAUGAACUUCUCAUUGGAGAAUAGAGAAGAGCCAUGGGUGAAGGAAUUACAGGAUUCUAAAGAAAUGAAACAAUUACUUGAUUCCAAGAUAGGUUUUGAGAUUGGGAUAGAAAAUGAAGAAGAUACUUCAAAACAGAAAAAAAUGGAGACUAUGUAUCCAUUUAUUGUAACUUUAGAGGGGAAUGCUCUCCAGGGUCCCAUUUUGCAAAAAGACUAUGUACAGUUAGAAAAUCAAUGGGAACCCCCCCCAGAGGAUUUACAGACAGAUUUAGCAAAACUGGUAGAUCAGCAGAACCCCACUCUGGGAGAGACACCUGAGAACUCCAACUUGGAAGAACCUCUCAACCCCAAACCCCAUAAGAAAAAGAGUCCAGGAGAGAAACCUCACCGAUGUCCUCAGUGUGGAAAAUGUUUUGCUCGAAAGUCACAACUUACUGGGCAUCAGAGAAUUCAUUCAGGAGAAGAACCUCACAAAUGCCCUGAAUGUGGGAAAAGAUUCCUUCGUAGUUCAGAUCUUUAUAGACACCAACGACUUCAUACAGGGGAGAGACCCUAUGAAUGCACUGUAUGUAAAAAGCGAUUCACUCGGCGGUCACAUCUCAUAGGGCACCAGAGAACCCAUUCUGAAGAAGAAACAUAUAAAUGUCUUGAGUGUGGGAAAAGUUUUUGUCAUGGAUCAAGUCUUAAAAGACAUCUGAAAACUCAUACAGGUGAAAAACCUCAUAGAUGUCAUAAUUGUGGGAAAAGUUUUAGUCGACUGACAGCUCUUACUUUGCACCAGAGAACGCAUACUGAAGAGAGACCUUUUAAGUGUAAUUAUUGUGGGAAAAGUUUUAGACAGAGACCAAGCCUCGUUAUUCAUUUAAGAAUCCACACAGGGGAGAAGCCGUACAAGUGUACUCAUUGUUCUAAAAGCUUCAGACAGAGAGCUGGCCUUAUUAUGCACCAGGUCACUCACUUUAGAGGACUUAUUUAAGAAUCGCUGAAACAGGUCCUACACAAAUUGACACUAACUCAAAAAAAAUCUUAACCUGCAGCAGGCUGUUUGUCUUGGAAGCUUUUGUUUAAGCUUAUAAGAUAGACAACUAUUUUUUUUUUUUUUUUUGCUAGUUUUAAAACCCAUCUUCCAAGCUAUAUGAAUUUUAGAGUAUUUAUCUAUUCUUGUGAUUUUCUUAGAUUUGAUUUCUUCUGUCAGCACAACUCUUCUUUUUUUAAUUACAAUGAAAAAUUUUGUGUUCCAAGGCAACUGUAUCAUAGGUGUAAACAUAAAGCAUAUAAAUUAUGACAAUCCUUUUAGAGGUAGGGUCAAUAUAGUGGAUAAACAUGUCUAUCAGAUGUAUUGAUUAUAGCAGUACUAUAGUUAUUCUGCUGUCAUUAUUAAAGAUGAUUAUAUUCAUUCAAAGCUUUAGAUGUGUCCCAUGUGGCAAGAAAGGAGACAGUGAAUUUUGUCAAACAAUAAAAAUGUGUCAGGAACACAAGGAUGAAGGGGAUGUCAUUUGCCUGGUAAGAACUGGGUUAUUUCUACUGAAAUUUUUUAUGUUUAAAGAAAUUA